GCACGGCAAAACCUACCGGUCUUCAUCUGUCAAACCUACCAGUCGCUUCCUUCCUCUUCUCAUUAAUUAUUAUUAUUAUAUUACAUUACAAACUCGUACUAUAUGGAGAAUGGGUUUGAACAGACUCCUUUUUAUCUUCUUUCUUUAAUUAAUCAUCUUCUUCUUCGUCAUUUCAUUUUCAUUCCUCUAGUCUAACCUCCACUUUUUCUGAUCUCUUAUCUCUGGGUCUCGACCGCAAGCACUCGUCGAUCCAUUCGAAUGGCUAGAACGGGCAACAAACAGAUAAAUGCAAAGCUGGUGGGUUCUUCUUGGUGAUAUGGGAACAGGAAAAACCAGUUUGGUGUUGAGAUUUGUCAAAGGCCAAUUUUUUGAUUUCCAGGAGUCAACCAUCGGGGCAGCCUUUUUCACUCAGGUAUUAUCAUUAAAUGAAGCCACUGUGAAAUUUGAUAUAUGGGACACAGCAGGACAAGAACGAUAUCAUAGCUUGGCUCCUAUGUACUAUCGUGGUGCUGCUGCUGCUGUUGUGGUUUAUGACAUCUCAAGCACUGAUUCAUUUGUUAGAGCCAAAAAAUGGGUUCAAGAACUGCAAAGACAAGGGAAUUCAAAUUUGGUAAUGGUAUUGGUUGCAAACAAGGCUGACUUGGAAUCUAAAAGACAAGUCGAGAAUGAGGAAGGAGAGCAAUAUGCCCAAGAAAAUGGGAUGUUUUUCAUAGAAACAUCUGCAAAAACUGCACAAAAUGUAAAUGAGCUCUUCUAUGAAAUAGCAAAGCGAUUGGCAAAAGUUUUCCCGACACGUCCUACUGGGAUGAAUCUGCAUAAUGCAAGACAAGAAAGGGGGAGAAGAUUUUUUUGUUGUUUGGGGUGACAACUACAAGGUCAAGAGGUUCGAUGUGGGUCUGUACUAAUCUCAAGCACUCUUUAUAUUUUUUACUUGUAAAUACAAGCUAAUUUAUUUGAUUUCCAAACAAUGUAAGAUACAAUUUAUUUAUUUUAUGCACGCUUGCAUUUGGGUAUAUGUAUUUCUACAUAUACUGAAAUGUUGAUAUUAAAAGACUUCUAAGAUCAUUGUCACUGUAAGAGUUGUUAUAAUCAGAAUAAAUAAAUAAUCCUCGGACCUUAGUGUGACAGUAUUAUACGUGCUU